UAUUCAAAUGUGGGUCAGGGGUGAGGAAGCCUAACGUCAUAAGCUUGCAACAUGGCGUCCCGAAGGCUGUGAGAUGAGCAAGGGGAUGGUGAAGAACGCCUAAGAACGAUCCUACCGAUGUAAUAAGCUUGAGGUGCUGCUCGUGUAGGAAGAGAGAGAGAAGGAAGAGAGAAGGAAAGAAGGAAGGAAGGAGGAAAUGGAACUGCCAAAUCAUGCCAAACAACUGCUGCUGCAACUUAACCAGCAGAGAGCCAAGGGCUUCCUCUGUGAUGUCAUCAUUGUGGUGGAGAAUGCGCUCUUUCGUGCCCAUAAGAACAUCCUGGCGGCCAGCAGCAUUUACUUCAAAUCUCUGGUCCUCCACGAUAACCUCAUCAAUCUUGACACAGAGAUGGUCAAUCCCUCUGUUUUCAGACAAGUUCUGGACUUCAUCUACACUGGGAAGCUUUUGUCCUCAUCAGACCAGACCAAUGAGCAGAAUUUCAGUGCCCUCUUGACCGCAGCCAGCUACCUCCAGCUACAUGACCUCGCUGCUCUGUGCAGAAAGAAGCUCAAGCGCAGUGGUGGGAAACCUCUGCCAGGCAAGCCCUCCACUCCGGGUCCCCAUAGCCGCUUACGCCUCAAUAACCAGCGCCUUUCCUCCUCUACCCCUGCUGGUCCCAACAACCACUAUCCUCCAACCCCUUCCGAUGCCGACCAACAACAGCCAGAUGAAGGCCUUCGGGAAAAACUCUCAGAUGACGAGAUGUUUGUCGGCAGUUCUGGGAAGAAUGGGAAUGGAGGAAACGGCGGCAGUAACGGAAAUCUCAGCAGCGGAGCGAGUGCUGGGGAGCCGGAUCUUGGACUAGACCUUUCCAAGAAGAGCCCUCACUCUGCAGGCACAGCCACUGAUGCCCUCAGCCCAAACAGCAAUUCCCAAGAAUCCCCUCAAUCUGCCUCAGUAUCCACAACCAACAGUGCCUCGCUGGAUGACUCCUCGGCCACCCUACCAGGUGCAGACACGGAGACCAUUGAACUCAACUCCUCCUCUAAGACCAUAGAAGAAUCCCAAAGCCAGUCUGAUGGCCCUCCUCCCCAGAAGAAAACCCGCCAGGGAGCUCGUAAGAGUGAAUGGCCUAAGAAGGAAGUAUCGGGGUUGAAGUCAGAGGAUCAUGACAGGCCCCUGGUCAACGGGGUGAUUGUGGGUCCUAAAGACGGCCGCUCCUCUGGGAUUGGCGGAGGUAGUGGUAGCAGCUUUACAUCCGACCAGUCCUUCCAGUGUAAAGACGAGGAAGAAGGAGGAGAAAAUGGUCAGGACCACAGUGAAGAAAGUGGGCAAAGUGAUGGAGAAAGUGCAGGAGGGGGAGGGGGAAACCACAGCGCCAAUUACGUGUACCGGCAGGAAGGGUUUGAGCCAGCGUUUGGGGACAACCUCUAUGUGUGCAUUCCCUGUGGUAAGGGCUUCCCCAGUUCUGAGCAGCUCAACGCUCACGUGGAGACGCACACUGAGGACGAGCUCUACAUCAAAGAGGAGGGAGGAACCAUUGUGAAAGAAGAAGAUGAAGAGGAGGCCGAGGACCUUUCUGCACCUGUAGGUCCCUCCACCUUUGGGUCUGAAACACGUCCGUUCAAGUGUACAGUCUGCAGUAAGAGCUACAAAGACCCUGCAACGCUGAGACAACAUGAAAAAAGCCACUGGCUGACCAGGCCCUUUCCCUGCAACAUCUGUGGCAAAAUGUUUACCCAGCGAGGAACCAUGACACGCCACAUGCGGAGCCACCUCGGCUUGAAGCCUUUUGCAUGUGAAGAGUGUGGCAUGCGCUUCACACGCCAGUACCGCCUGACGGAGCACAUGCGUGUCCACUCUGGGGAGAAGCCGUAUGAAUGCCAGCUAUGCGGUGGGAAGUUUACUCAGCAGCGCAACCUCAUCAGUCACCUGAGAAUGCACACCUCACCCUCUUAGAAAUGCAUCAAGCCAAAGAACUCUAAGAACAGGAAAAAAAGAAACAUUUCUCUACCUUUUUCCAUUUUAAAAGCAAAGAAAUGCACACAUACAUUCACAUGCAGACACGUAGUUCUACAUAUUAAUUCCAGUUUACGAUGCCCUGGCUGUGUGAAUGAUGUAGCUGUUAGCCACAGUGCUCUCUUGGUGACGGUGAGAUCUUGCUGAUGCAAGGAUCGAGUCAUCGUUUAUAUCCAAUGACGUCUGCUCACCUCUCAGGAGUUCCAGAGGGACAUUUUACCACUGUCUCUCUCCAAAGUCACAGAGCCACAGCGGGGUGGCAUAACUUCUGGUUCGUCAAAUGUGAAUGUGGGUACCGAUGUAAUGUCAAGCCCCCUCACCUCCUAUCCCUCGGCGGUCGCCUUCUCUUCUCUCUUUGAGGUUUUUCAGAUUGUUUCUCAAACAGAUUGACUCAAGAGUGUCAUCUAUACUCCAGAGCUAUUUUGACCAAAAACCCAUGCAAAUACUGGCAAUAAUUCAGAAAAAAAAGAAACAUUUAUUUUAACCCUGACAGCUUUAUAUCCAUCAUUAAGUUGGCGAUCAAUAUCUGUAUGAAAGAGGAGGGGUAACUGGGUUUGGGACCAUCUCCGUGCUUUAACUGAAAGCCCUGAAUGAGAAAAAAAAUGUUGGGAGGACGUAUUUGUUUUUAAGACAUGACAAAGUCUUCUAUGCCUGUUUGCAUUGAUGUAGAGGACAUGUUUGUUGUUUUUAAAGUUUUUGCCUGCUAGUGCUCCUGGGAGUGAAUCCUGGCUGGAAAGAUGAACCCCUCGUGGUACUUGUUUUACUUAAAGAACUUGUCAUGUUUCAGUGAAUGUUUAAACUGGAAGAUCU